AUGGCUGUAUUCAGGUUGAAUGCUUUGUACAGUUCCUAUGACGUGGUGCACGGCCACAUUAAGCCUUCUAACUUAUACGUGAGCUCAAAUGGAGGCAGUCUGAUUCUUGGUGAUUUUUUGCCAAUUUCCUACGUCUAUCGGCUUUUGGAAAAUGACGUUAUCGACAAAGUAUACAUGUCACCGGAGCUGUUCAAGAUGCGCAAGACUGAUAAGCUAUUAACGGAGGACAUAGUCAGCAAGGAUGUCUUGCACAAACACGACUUGUUCUGUUUAGGCUUAUCGCUCUACUAUAUCUGCAUGAAGGUCGCCCCCGAUUCCAAAUUGCAUCGAUCGAAACAGGUGCAUGGGGAGACCCUGUUGAGAUUCGCCACCGAGCGGUCGGAACUCACACACCUGGUGAAACAGUGUCUGUCCUGGAACCCCGAUGAAAGACCGCAUCAUGCCAAUGCUUUAAGUGCUGCUGUGUCGAAAAUGUUCAACUUCAGCUGGCUUCAGGGCUAG